ACUGCCAAAUCGAAUUUAUGGCGCAGGAGGAGAAGUCCUGAGGGAAGACAUAGAGGCCCAAAAAUCACAAUUUUCUCUGUGGUUUUUUUGCUUGCAGUUCAGAUAGAAAAAAGGCAACCAAGGAACAGAAUAGAGGUAAGAAAUAACAAGUGGGGGUCCAAGGGAACAUCUGAGUUUAAAACAGCAAACUGCAGAAGAGCUGAUCGUCAGGAAAGAGGAGACAAAGAAAGCAGCUGGAAAAUGACGAGUCAAGAGGUGGAGGAACUAGUGGUCCACCUGGAGAAGUCGAUGGAGGUAACGAAUAUGGAGCGAGGGAUUAAGCUGGUGGGAACUGCCCUAACCAACAAAGUGUUAAAUAAAUGGGGAAUCAGAAACAUCCUGAGAGCUGCGUGGAAGGAAAUGGGGGAUUUUGAAGUCAAAUGGGCUCAUGGAAACACUUUUAUCAUCACAGUGCAGGAUGAAAGCUCGGCUGAGCGGAUUUUGAGUCAAGUACCAUGGGCGGUUAUGAAGCAGAAUUUUUCUGUUAAGCGCUGGCCAGCAGAUCUAGCAAUUGAGGAAAUUCCCAUGGAGCUGGUUCCCUUCUGGGUUCAAAUCCGAGGGGUGCCCUUAUGUUUAUGUACAGGAACCAAUGUUCGACGUCUGGCCAAAGAGAUUGGAGAGGUACUGGAGAUCGAGGAUUUGGCAAAGGCUCGGGGCUUCCUCAGGGUGCGGGUGAUGGUUAAUACAAAAAUGCCUUUAGCUAAAGGAUGUUGGAUACCGCGGGAGAGUAACAAGGACUCGUGGAUUGAAUUCCGAUAUGAAAGACUUCAGGAUUUUUGCUAUAAAUGUGGGAGGAUAGGACAUGCAAAUACCGAGUGUUCUUUUGAGAAUGGGCAGAGCUCCACAGCAGGGUAUGGUGAAUGGACGAAAACAGGGCCUAUUAGAGAGGAAAUAAUUAAGCCAAAACCGUUGGUGGUUAAGUUGGGAGAAAGGAGACAUGCUGGAACUAUCAGAGGAGAGGAACAGCGCAAUACGCAGCGGCGCGUGGGGUUCACGGUGGAGACGGAGCGUCAGGAAGUUGAGGAACCAGUGAGGGGGACAACAAGUCAAGUGGAGGCACACAAUCCAAGGAGAAGUCAGAAAACGUGGCAAAGGAUGAAGAAUAGAAAGGAGGGGCAGGAUGGGAGCUCCCAACAGUGGGUGAUAGAUGGAAACAUGGCCCAGAUGGCCCAGCAAGUGUUAAUGGGAAUUGGGUGUUUGGGCCCUCAAUCCACUACCAUAUUUAAUUUACCUAACCCACUUUAUCUUACCCAGGCAGACCGAGACCAAGGGUUAGAGGAAACGGGAGAAGGUGAUCAAGGCCCAAUCAGGGGAAUAGGUGGACACACUACCAAAAUUACCAAAGGCGCUCCGAAUUGGGGAAAGUCUUAUGUUCCAGAGCCGAUGGCUGCGUCGGCUAGGCAGAAAUCGCGAGGGAGGGAGGGCAUGCCGAGGAGUGAGACUAGUGGGCAACACUGGAGAUCGGAUGGAGGGUGGAGUUGUGGAGCAAAGAGGGGUAGUCUGGAGACAAAUCACUAUUCGCUCAAAAGAAACAAGCUGGGGGUAGGAGAUGCUGAAGGAAAAACCUUGGAAUUGCCUCUAUCUAGGAAAUUGGCAACUGUGGCGAGUCUGGUAGAAGAGAAGAAGGACAGUGCUGAAGAGCAUGCGGAGAAGAGGUUGCCUGAGUCGACAACAAAGUGGGAGCUUUCUGGAACUAAGGGUGGUGGCGGCUGGCCCUCAACAGCCGCAAGGGAGCCAUGA